AUGCCAUGGCCGCAUGUAUUGGUUAUAUCAUACCCAGCACAAGGCCACGUAGCACCUCUCUUGAAAUUGUCCCUCCAAAUUGCUCUUCAAGGUGUUGAAGUCACAUUUGUUAAUACGAAGUUCAUACAUGAAAAAUUUAUGGUUUCAAUGCCCGAGAAAGAUAAGGAGCAAAGCCUGAUAAGCCUUGUUUCAAUUCCUGACGGAUUAGAUAGAGACGAUAGAAAUGAUGUUUUUAAGCUGGCAGAAAGCAUAGGAAGAGUUAUGCCAGAAUGGCUAAGAAGAUGGGAAUUGGAGCCAAUUGCAUUUUGGCCUGCUGGAGCUGCUUGCUUUGCCCUGUCAGUACAUAUUCCACAGCUUAUUGACGCUCAAGUUAUAGAUAAUGAGGGAACUCUAAUGAAAGAGACAUUCUUGCUAUCAAAGAAUAUGCCUGCCUGGAGCAGCUCUGAUAUUGCAUGGAACUCACCAACCUUGAAAUUGAUUCCCAACAUUUUACCUGUUGCUCCUUUACUUGCAAGCAACCGUUCAGGAGCUUUCGCUGGAAACUGUUGGCCCGAAGACUCAACAUGCUUAAAAUGGCUUGAUAAACAAACUGCAGACUAUGUCAUUUAUGUUGCAUUUGGUGGCACAACAAUCUUAAGUGUGCAACAAUCCCAAAACCGUUAUGAAACAACCUCUAAAGUUGCUUUUAAAGAUUCUUUGUAUUUUAUUCUUUGUAUUCUCGAUAAUUUUAGGAGAGCUAAGUACUGUACGGUGAAAGCUACCUCUAAAAUUCUAAUAAAAUGUGCAAAGAAGGGCAGCUGUAGGCACCCUAUUUGGUCCGGGCCUAAGGCCAUUGGGCCUGGUCCAAUAGGAUUUGGGCUUAAGCCUAUUGGAUCCGAUUCAGGAUCCAAUUAG